UUCAUCACUCACUCAACAAAGCAAAGACAGCAGUAGCAUAGCAGCUAGUGGAAGUAAAAUAAAUGGCUCUCAUCAAGGCUGCCUGCUUCCUGUUCUUCUUUGCUCUCCUCGAUUCUUAUGUUUCAGCUGUUGCUCCCACAACAGCUCCGGCGACUGUCGCUCCUACCCAUGCUCCGGUAGCACAUGCCCCAAUGGCACCCGUAUCUGGAAACUAUUGUGUGGCGAAGUGCCAAGACAGGUGCAAGACUCACCCGUCUGCCAAGAGGUUCUGCCAGAAGAUCUGCACCAGGUGCUGCAUGAGCUGCAAGUGUGUUCCCACCGGUCCAAUCGGCUCCAACGCUGAGCAGUGCAAGAACUGGACCGCUACUCUCUACCAUGGCGUUCCUUACAAGUGCCCUUAAUUAAAGAUGCUACUACUAUUUCACAUGUCAUCAAAAACUUAUACGGCCUUUAGUUUUCCAUUUCGAGUGUUCAAAUUUAUAGCUAAGUAGUUCGUUUUGAAGUCUCCAUCGACUUUGAUAUUCGGAUUCUAAUAAAAGCAAUAUACAUAUAUAUAUGCAGUAGUAGUCCACUGAAUGUUUUCUAGCAUCAAUUGUUGUUAGGCCAUGUCGUUUCAUUUCAUAUUCUGUUUUCUGUAAUUUGACUUCAUUGCAAUGGGAAUAAAGAAUUUUAAUUUAU